ACACACACACACAAACAUUGAAAUGAAAAUGCUGCAACGUGUAAUGAUUUUAUGCAAUUUAUUUGCUAUGCCAAUUCAUGGUACGACAUUAUUUAGUGGCAAAGAUCCGGCAUAUGUGAAUCAAAUUUUGCGUCUAUCUAAAGAAUAUGAAAUUCGGAAUUAUCUUAACGAAAGCGUGAACCCGUGCGAAGAUUUUUAUCAAUUUGCUUGUGGUAAUUGGAUUAAAUUGAAUCCCGCCAAUACAGCUGAACAUAUUAUAACUGGAAUCUUUGAGAAAGCUACCGAAGAUGCUGAUCGUAAAAUUAUUGCCGUCUUAGACAAUGACGAGACAGCCGAAGAUGAGGCUAAAGAGGCUGAUAAGAAAAUCAAAAAUCUUUACGAAUCGUGUGUCAGCAUCGAGACAAUACAAAGUAGUUAUCCCGCAAAAUUAUCAGAAAUUAUAAGUGAAUUUGGUGAAAUGCCACUCUUAGUGAACGAAUGGAAUGAAAAUGAUUUCGAUUGGUUGGCUAUUAUUGGGAAAAUUUUCUAUAAAUACGAUAUACAAAUAAUAAUGGGUGGCAAAGCAAUGAUUGACUUUAACAAUAAUUCACGGAAUAUGAUAUAUGUGGGUCAUGGUAAUUUUCCGUUACAAUCGCGUUCAAUGUAUGUCGAUAAUACAACGUCUGUCUAUCGCGACUUUCAUCGUUCAAAUAUAGCACGGGAUCUUGGAAAAUUCUUAGGCAUAGAUAAGAAAUUAACUCAGGACGCGGCUAACGAAAUUUUCGAUUUUGAAAUUGAAUUAGCAAAGAGUCUGGCAGAUGAUCGCUCCGCAAUUCGUAUCGAUGAUAUGUGCACAUUGACAACUGUCGAUGAAUUGAAUCGCAAAUAUAUGCCCGAUUUAGAUAUGAAACGUUUAUUAAAUAUAAGUUUUGGUCAUCCAAUUGUAGGCGAAAUAUACGAAGUGGUUGAAGAUUAUCAGAAAAAUUUAAUCGAAACUAUGAAAAAAACACCUAAACGCGUUGUAGCUAAUUACAUUUUUUAUACGUUAAUGAAUGAGUUCACGUUACUAAAAGCCGAUACGGUUGAAAAGCAAAAAAAUCGUUGCGUCAGCUAUGUUAAAAAACAUUUCGCUGAUGUUUUAGAUAAUAUGGUUUAUCGUAAGUACAUAAAAAAUCAUACCGAACUUGAUGUUUAUUCCAUAUGGCAUGAGUUGAAGGCGACGUUUAAACGAAUGUUAUUAUCGCCUGAGCUCGGUUGGAUACAGAGACAAACACUUGAAUAUGCUGCAGAAAAGAUGGAAGCUAUGCAAUUGGAAAUAAGUUCAUAUAGUGAUAAAAAUUUUACAGCCGAAUAUCAUAAUUUAACAAUAAAUCGUGACGAUUAUGUAAAUAAUUUAAAGCAUAUAAAGUCAUUUUUUGCCGCAAGGGAUCGGAAAAAGAUGUACGAACCACCCGAGACACUGGAUGUGGGUGAAAUAAUAUCGUAUACACCAGUGAAUUUACUUUUAGAAAAUAAAAUAAAAAUUCCUGUCGCCUUAUUGCAACCGUAUUUUCUAUGGUCGUCGAUUUAUCCCAAUGCGUUGAAAUUCGCAACAAUUGGUAGCUUAAUCGGUCAUGAAAUUAUACAUGGCUUUGAUGAUAUGGGACGCACAAUCGAUAAAUAUGGUAAUAGUAAAAUUUGGUGGGAUACGAGAUCUACAGAAGCGUUUAAUGAACGCGUUAAAUGCUUCAUCAAUCAAUAUCAUCAGUACAAGUAUGGAGGAAUCGCUCUACCUGAAAUGCCAAAACAAUCGGAAAACAUAGCUGACAAUGGCGGUAUACGAUUAGCCUAUGAAUCUUAUGUAGAUUGGUAUAGGAGAUCGGCGACAAACUCGACUGUCGUCAAAUUGGAGAAAUUCAAUCAUUUAAAGUACACGAAUGAACAGUUAUUUUUUAUCAGUUACGCUCAAUUAUGGUGCAGUGAUGCUCAUCCGGCCGUACUUAAUAUGCAAUCGUCCGAUAUUCAUGUGCCUAAUAAAUAUCGUGUUAUUGGUUCGUUAUCAAAUUUCGUGGAGUUCUCGAAAGCAUUUAAUUGCCCAAUUGGCAGUGCCAUGAACCCAGAGAAGAAAUGUAUAAUAUAUUGA